AUGGACUUCCUCCGCCGUCUCGGCGCGGGCCUAGACAGCCCGACAAUCCCCUGGAAAUCUCUCAUCAUCACCUUCAGUGUUGGCGAAUGGGCCUUGAAUUCCUACCUCCUCUACCGCCAAUACCGCGUCCUCCAACAUACCAAACCCCCAGCCCAACUCAAGAACGAAGUCGACCAGAAAACAUACGAUAAGUCACAGGCGUACGGCCGCGCAAAAGCCAAGUUCAGCUUUGUCACGUCUAUCUGGGCCCAGAUCAAGAACUACAUUCUCAUCCAGCACAAUGUAUACUACAAACUCUGGGCCUUCGCCGGCACGCUUAUGCUCAAUUACGCACCCGGGCGCUUUCAAGGCGAAAUCACACAGAGUCUACUAUACAUCUGCAUCCACGGUAUCGCCGAGACCAUUCUCUCCACGCCCAUCGAUUACUACCACCACUUCGUACUUGAAGCAGCUUUCGGUUUCAACAAACAGACACUAUCUCUCUUUAUAACAGAUAAACUAAAAGGCAUCGGCCUCCUGGUCGCACUCGGAACUCCCAUCGGUGCCGGCUUCCUCAAAAUCGUCCAAUCCACUGGCGACAGCUUCUUCUUCUGGCUCUGGCUCUUCAUGCUCGCCGUCCAACUACUCGUGGUCACCCUCUAUCCCUCCCUCAUCGUCCCACUCUUCAACAAACUCACGCCCCUCGAACCCGGUCCACUAAAACAACGCGUCGAAGCCCUCGCCCAGAAACUCAAAUUCCCCCUCGGAGAACUCCAAGUCAUAGAUGGAAGCAAGAGAAGCGCACACAGCAACGCCUAUUUCACGGGCCUCCCUUUCCUGCCCAGGAAGAUUGUCCUCUACGAUACCCUCAUCGAAAAAGCAGAAACAAAAGAAGUCGAAGCGGUUCUCGCGCACGAACUGGGUCAUUGGAAAAUGGGACACACUUCCAAACUCCUGGCCAUCAGCAGUUUCCAUCUCUUCUACGUCUUCGCCCUCUUCGGCGUCUUCAUCAACAAUAACUCCCUGUAUGAAGCUUUCGGCUUCCACAACCAACGCCCCAUCAUCAUUGGAUUCAUGCUGUUCAAUGAAGUCCUCACGCCAACGGACGCCAUCGUAAAACUCCUCAUGAAUGUCUUGACAAGAAAAUACGAAUUCCAAGCUGGUACGUCCACCCACCACGAACACUGACUGAAAUUCUUCCACCUGCUAAUUCCUCCUCUCGCUGCUGUUUAGAUGCUUUCUCCUUCGAUCUCGGCUAUGCUCCCGAAAUGGCCGCCGCCCUCAUCAAACUCCAAAUCCAGAAUCUCUCCGCCAUGGAUUCGGACUGGGCGUAUUCCGCCUACCAUUACUCGCAUCCCACUCUCACGGAGAGACUCAAAGCCAUAGGGUGGACCAGCGAGAAGAAAAUCUCGGAUCAAAAACCCAAGAUUGGAGGCGAGAAGGAGGCCAAUGGUUCAGCAGAGAGGAAAGAACUGUAA